CACUAAAUAUUUUGUGGGAACUCACCUUCUAUUCUUCAUUCAUUUUGCGCCGAAUUCUCCAAGACACUAGACAGAUAACUUCGAAGUAGUAAGAAGGUAUCUACUAAUAAAAAAGAAGAAUGCCUGCCACAUGCAACUGCACAGAAAGUGGAAAAUGCCAAUGCGUGGAAUUUCAAACCUGUCCACCAAGCGUCUGUAAAUGUGGACCCGGAUGUAAAUGUGGAGCUGGGUGCACGUGUACUGGAUGUCAGCUGAAGUGCAGCUGUAGCGGUAAUUGUGCAUGUGGACAAGGCUGCACCGGACCUGAAUCUUGCAAAUGCGCAAACAACUGUAGCUGCAGAAAGUGACGAAAUAUAUAUUAUACAUGUAGUAAUGUGGUCUCAGGAAUAUCUUGUAUUUCACAACCAAAGAACAAAAUAAAUUUUCCAUUUAAAUAAAUAAAUUGAUUUUCGA